UACAAUCUAUAAGUAACAACUGUGUAAUAAGCAUGUCUGUGAGAGGGGUGAGAACUGCUUCCUUCUUCCGGACCGGUCCUACGUCACUUCCGCUGCCGUUGCUGCGACACGGGACAUCAACAGCUAUGGCUGACAAGGAGAAGCGCCGGUCUGCGGCUCCUCUUUCGGGUGCGGGCAAAGCCGUCAAAUCGGACGGUGACAGGGACUUCCUGGAGCAGACCGGUGUGGGAGAGCUGCUCCAGGGGGCGAUCCUGAAAAUGGUCGAGGCCAGGUCGGAUGAUCCCAUCGGGUUCCUGGCCGACCACUUCUGCAAUCUGGCGUCCGUUACUGACAGCGGCUCUUCUGGAUGCGGAGAGGAGCAGCAGCGGAGCAGCGGCGCUGCGGGCGCAGGCGAGCAGGAACAGCAGCGUCUGAACCGGGCGCUGUGGCACCUGCGGCUGGCGCAUCACUCUCAGAGGAUGGAAGAAGAGGAGCAGCAGCAGCGUUCAUUAAUGUUUCUCCUGACUUACAUGCUGCUGAAGCGCAGGAGGGAUCUAAACAACGCAGACGCUCAGAGACGCAGUGAAAUCCAGAGGCGCAUCCGGCAUCGGCAGUAUUUCUUCCAGAGACAGAGGAGGAUGCUGAUGAUGAUGAUCGCAGGAGGAAUCCGCUCCAACAUCCGCAUGCGCACCCGGCCCUGGACCAACACUCCCCGCUCUGACUGGUGGGAGCGGGUGGUGAUGACGGAAUUCCAGCCCUCUGAUUGGCUGGAUAAGUUUCGGAUGAGCCGGGAGACCUUCUUCUACCUCUGCGACAGGCUGAGGCCCCGUCUAGCUCGCCAGGACACCAGCUUCCGCCUGGCGCUGCCGGUGGAGAAGCGUGUGGCCGUGGCCCUGUGGCGCCUCGCGUCCAACGUGGAGUACCGCACCAUCAGCACCCUGUUUGGCGUGGGGAAGUCCACUGUGUGUAGGUGUGUUAGAGACAUGUGCCACGCCAUCGUGGCUCUCCUCAGCUCCACCUAUCUGCGGACACCCACCGAGCAGGAGCUGGAGGAAUCGGCUCAGCUCUUUCACUCGUUCUCUGGCUUCCCACAUUGUGUUGCUGCUAUCACAACACUACACACAGCUAUCAUCACCCCAUCGAGCAACGCGUCUGACUACGCCAACCCUGCAGGCUGGCUCUCUGUCCUCUCUCAGGUGGCUAUCAGCGGCCGAGGGCACUUCUGGGAUGUGUGUGCCAGUUUCCCAGGUGGGACAGAUCCAGCUGAGAUCUUACAAAACUCAUCUUUGUGGUUCACAGCUGCAGAAGGUGGACUCUCACCUGCCACAACACCCAUCUUCAUGGGGAAACAACUAAGGUAUGUGCUGCUGGGGGAGGCCUGCUACCCUCUUCAGAGCUGGCUGAUGAAAGCGUAUUCGGAGCCAAAGAGCCAGAGGGGAUGCCGCGUAGAGCUGACGGAGCCGCAGCAGCUCUUCAACCGCGGCCUCAACAGAGCGCUGCGUGCCACGGAGGAGGUGCUGCUGAGGCUCAGGGCACGCUGGCAGUGCCUGAGCAAGAGGAACGACUGCGGGCUGGACGUGGUCCCCACCAUGAUCCUUGCCUGUUGCAUCCUGCACAACAUGUGCGAGUCCCAUGGGGAUUCCUUUAAAGCGGAGUGGCAGGAGGAGGUGUGCGGGGCAGAGAACCCGCAGCCUGGCUACAAACCCUCAGCCCCGAGCAGCACGGACCAAAUCGGUGCUGAGGAGGUCAGGGGCCUCUUCUGUGACUAUUUCCAGCUGCAAAGCACCUGACUACAGUCAAUGAAAAACGAGAUGGAAUCAGUUUGUCAUUAUGAAACACAGUAUAUAAACUACUGAAACUGUCCAUAAUGCAUUUAAUGCCUUAGCACUAUUUUAGAUGUGGGUCAAAAAUGCUAUUGUGUGAUAUCUUAACUUCAAACCUCAGUGUUGAGUUAUGUGUCUGUAUUUCAAUGUUUGAUCCUUUUGGCUUCCAAUAAGGCCAGAUCAGAACCAUCCUUCUGCAGAACUAUGCAGUUGUUAAAUGUACAGCUUGUACCUGUUGUUUUAAACAUGGAGUAUGUCAGGUCAAAGCUAUUUGUGUGUAUACUACCAGAUAAUCACAAGUGCAUUGAUGCAGUUGCUCAAAUGAUCCUACUACUACUUCAGUGUUUAAAACUUUAACAAUUUAAAACUUAAAAAAAUAAACAGUAUUAUUUGGGAUUCCAUGUAAUAAAAAAGACAACACAAGAGUGGAUGGUUUUGAAACUGAAGAAAAAGGAUGCAUGCUCUCAAAAAACUAAAUUUCUUUGCUGUAGGUCUUGGCCAAUUUUGCAUAUCUAGAGGUUGAAUUUUUUUGGCCAUCCUAUUUUGCAAAACGCCUCAAAUUCAGCACAUCGCCGGCUGUAGUUUAACCGUCGUUGUCCAGCUGAUGGGUAAACCUCCACUGCAAUAGUUUGCAGCUUUUAGUUGCUUUGUUUCUCAGAUUUUGCCCUUUGUUUGGUUCCUCAUUGCUCCCUCAUCUUUGACUGGUUUUCCUUUCCUUGUUGAAGAAAAUCAUGUCCACAGCACCGCAGCUCUGAUGCUGCAGUGAAUUAAAACAGAACAAUGAUGGACUCCUGGAUUACAAUUUAAGCGGCUUUAAGGGAGGUAUUUGGUUGCAUGGAAUUUUAUCUAGGAGUAUCAAAGUAGCUGGAGAAACGAUUAUCAUUCUUUUAAGAUUUCUAUAUUAAAAGUGAAAGUCAUGUAAAAUUAACAUUUGCUAACUUAACGGUUUCUCUUGCUGUGAUCACACAAAGAUAUAUAAAG